UCACUUUUACUUUAUUUCACCUGGUAAGUGUUUUUCAUUGUCAAUGCUUAUUCUUAUCCCUUGAGAUACCCCAUUCUACUUAUUUCUAAACCUUUCCCAAAUUUCCCACCGAAAAAAAAAGACCGUGUGAAAACUGGUCCGAGGAACUGUGGGGCUUCACUCGAUUCCCUUUUCCCUCUUCUAAAUAUACAAGCCUCUCCAUUUUCUAGAUAACUUUACUAUCUGUUUGAUCUCGGAGUCGCAUUAUUGACUAAUACUAAUCAUCAUUAAAAGACCUUGCCUAAUCCGACCAAUUCUCCCUCACUUACGUAUCUUACCCUCGAGAAUCCUUCCGUCUUAUCCAGAACCAGAACCAGGACGCAAAUAUGGUCAAGGAAACAAAGUUCUACGAUGCUCUUGGCGUCGCGCCGACUGCGACAGAUCAAGAGCUCAAGAAGGCAUACAAGACAGGCGCUUUAAAGUGGCACCCUGACAAGAACGCCCACAACCCCGGUGCCGAGGAAAAAUUCAAGGAGAUCUCACAUGCCUACGAAAUCCUCUCCGAUCCCCAGAAGCGUCAAAUUUACGACCAAUAUGGUGAGGCCGGCCUUGAGGGAGGCGCUGGAGGUGGUGGCAUGGCUGCCGAAGACUUGUUCGCUCAAUUCUUCGGCUCCGGUUCCUUCGGUGGUGGCCUCGGCGGUAUGUUUAGUGGUAUGGGCGGAGCACCUCGUGGCCCUCCUAAGGCGCGCACUAUCCACCACACACACAAGGUAUCUCUCGAGGAUAUCUAUCGAGGCAAGAUUUCAAAGCUCGCUUUACAACGAUCUGUCAUCUGCCCGAAGUGUGAAGGCCGAGGUGGUAAGGAAGGCGCAGUUCGACGAUGCCCCGGCUGUGAUGGUCACGGUAUGAAGACCAUGAUGCGACAAAUGGGUCCGAUGAUCCAACGUUUCCAGACUGUCUGCCCGGACUGCAACGGUGAAGGUGAAAUUAUUAAGGAGAAGGACCGAUGUAAGUCUUGUAACGGCAAGAAGACCAUCGUGGACAGGAAAGUUCUCCACGUACACGUAGAUCGUGGUGUCCGAAGCGGCACGAAGGUUGAGUUCAGGGGAGAAGGUGAUCAAGCUCCUGGUGUCCAAGCCGGAGACGUCGUCUUCGAGAUUGAGCAGAAGCCUCACCCUCGAUUUACGCGAAAAGAGGAUGACCUCCUUUACCGCGCCGAAAUCGACCUCGUCACAGCCUUAGCCGGUGGCACCAUCUUCGUCGAACAUCUAGAUGACAGGUGGCUAAGUGUUGAAAUCUUGCCGGGCGAGGCCAUCGCACCAGACACCGUAAAGAUGCUCCGAGGACAGGGUAUGCCUUCUCACAGACAUCACGACUUCGGCAACAUGUACAUACAAUUCUCCGUCAAGUUCCCUGAGCGCGGCUGGACAGAGGAUGCUUCUGCCUUCGAAGCUCUACGUAAGAUCCUUCCAGCUCCAGCUCUUCAGACUAUCCCUCCCACAGAUGCCAUGACGGAUAGCGUGGACCUGGAAGAUCUGGAAAACCAGAGCCAGGCCCGAGCUUUCGGUGGCGCGGGAGGUAUGGACGACGAGGACGAGGAUGGCCACCCUCAUGCUGAGCGUGUGCAAUGCGCGUCCCAGUAAAUGGCCUUGAAGCCAAGGAGGAAAUAUUCUGCUCGUGAGAAAUUAUUUACAUCAAAGAGUUUUUCAACUCGUAUAAUAUGGCGACGUUUUCAAGGGUCCUCUGGUUGGUGUUCCUAAGAGGGGAAAGAAGACGACGACAUUUACGGCGUAACGUUUUCGAGGGGAAUGAGGAAAGUGAACGAUAUGAUUUGCAUAUUCAGGGCUAAGCACAAGGGUGGAAAGGAGGCUGCAACCAUAUCUGAUACGAAACGGACCAUUAUUUGAUUCGGAGGGGCAAGGAGGUUUCGCUCUUCUGUUUUAUUCUAGUAGCGGCAGCUUCCUCCCCCUUUUUUUUCUUCAUCGAUUACCACCGGCGCUCAUCUUAUCAAAGCUCCGUGAAAUGCUCUUUGCGAGUUGGCGUUAGAAGGGAACAUAGAGAGAGGAAUCAGGACACACAUGCUUUUUAACGCGAUUGCUUACUUAUUCCGGUAUUGAUUGCAUUGCAUUUGAAAACAGCUGGUUUCCGUUUCUUACCUAUCGCUGAGACUAAUAUAGUGUGCUUUUGUGAUAUGUG